CGUGAAGAGGAGCUGAGGUGAGUUGAGCCGUCAGUCUGCAUCAGCCAGGACCAGGACCAGGACCAGGACCAGGACGAGGACGAGGACAGGACCAGGACCGGGACCAGAGAUGAGCAACGCUGACGAUUCCAAGACGGCCAGAAUGAACGGCGAGACGGCGACGCUGCACGUGGACGGGAUCCCCGAAGACCUGCUGGGACAGGUCCAGCAGCUGCUGCAGCCGUUCCGUCUGUCUCUCGGAACCCUGCGGAACGUCGGCGUCCGUCUGAGGAGAGACCUGAUCCGAGGUUUAGGAAAACAUUCCCACCACCGGGCCGCCGUCAAGAUGCUGCCCAGCUUCGUCCGCGCCACGCCCGACGGGACCGAGAAAGGCGACUUCCUGGCUCUGGAUCUGGGUGGAACCAACUUCCGUGUUCUCCAUGUCCGAGUGGAGGACGAGCAGCAGAAGGUUCUGAAGAUGGACAGUCAGAUCUGCAGCGUCCCGCAGAACGUCAUGCUGGGAACCGGAGAACAGCAGCUUCUCCAGCCUGUAUUCCUCCGCUCCGUCAGCUCCGUCAGCUCCGUCAGCUCCGUCAGCUCCGUCAGCUCCGUCAGCUCCGUCAUGCUUCAUGCUGACUGGACCAAAACUCACCGAGUCCUCCAGGUCUGA